ACUACUCUACUACCAGGCACACCGCACACCCAAUACGGAAAGACCACCGCAAACGCCACCACGCCCACGCCUCGCCGCGCACCACAUCUGAAACCUCCAGCCCGACGCCGGCGCCGGCGCCGCUGCUCGCCUGCUCGUCACAUUUCCUGGUGCCCGCCAAGCCCCGCGACCUGGGCUCCCCAGCUCCAUCCAUCAACCGCCUGCAGCCGCGGAAAUGGCAGCGCCGACGACGCUGCGCUCGGCGGCGGCGCGGGCGCGCGCGCGCGCAGCGGAGCUCGUGAGAGGGCGGUGGCCGCAGCGGCGUCUGGGGACGACGUCCGCGGCGGAGACGGAGAGCAAAAAGAAUAAGGAGGAGGAGGAGGAGGGGGCCGGGUGGGAGCUCUCGGCGGCGCGGGAGUACUACGACUACCGCAAGUCUAUCUACGGCGACGUCACGCACCGCGCCCUCCUCGUCGACGCCGUCGGCACCCUCGUCGUCCCCGCCCAGCCCACCGCGCAGGUGUAUAAGAGCAUUGGUGAGAAGUAUGGAGUGAAGUACUCGGAAGACGAGAUCCUGAUGAGAUACCGGCGGGCAUACGAGCAACCAUGGGGUGGAUCACGUCUCAGGUAUGUGGAUGAUGGGAGAACCUUUUGGCAGCACAUAGUCACUUCUUCUACAGGAUGUUCAGAUGCACAGUACUUUGAGGAACUCUAUCAAUACUUUAUGACAGAAAAGGCCUGGAAGCUUUGUGACCCCGAUGCCGAAAGUGUAUUUAAAGCUUUGAGGAAAGCUGGCGUUAAAACUGCAGUCGUCUCCAAUUUCGAUACCCGUCUACGGCCACUCCUGCAGGCCUUGAAAUGUGACCACUGGUUUGAUGCAGUUGCAGUCUCUGCAGAGGUUGCAGCAGAGAAGCCGAAUCCAAUAAUAUUCUUGAAGGCCUGUGAGUUACUGGGCGUGAAGCCUGAAGAAGCUGUGCACGUUGGCGACGAUCGUAGAAAUGAUAUAUGGGGAGCGAGAGAUGCAGGCUGCGAUGCUUGGCUCUGGGGCAGCGACGUUCGCUCUUUCAAGGAGGUUGCCGAGCGGAUCGGUGUUGAGGUGACGAAGUGACUAAGUGAGCUAGGAUGGUGAAUAUACGGAGGCAGAGGUAGUACCCAGGAUCGCGGUCGUCAAGGAAGCCAGUGACCCCAUCCUUGUGGUGAAAUUCCUGUGCUGGUUUGUAGGCUUGUAGCUGUAUGUAUGACAACUUAUUAGGGUUCCGUUGAACCUGCUAUGCAUGCAUGCUUGCUGCCCUGACAGUGACAGGCGAAUGCGUCCCAUGCACUUGAAUAUGAGGGUCUGGGUUCUGGACUUC